GUGGUUAUGUUUUUUAUUUAACAGGAAGGUGGUUACGUUUUUUUAGAUACAGUUAUAUUUUAUGUUAUACAUUUAUAUUUUAGAUGCAAUUAUAUUUUUAAAUUGGACAUAACUGUUUAUCAAUUGCUUACACUGAUGUUUUAAUAGAAUAGGUAGAGACACAUAGUUUUUUAGUUUUUUUUUAAUAUCUCAGUUUUUUUUUCUAGAUGUUCUCGUGGUCACAGUAUUGGACACUCAAAAACUGUAUGGGCUAAGCCCAUUAUCACCUUAAAGCCCAAUACAAGCCCUUAAGUUUGGCGCCGAAUCCAUAGUCGUAUGUUUCUAUGUUACCGCUCGAUUCAUUCAGCUUGACGCCAUCUGAAACUGAAACUGAAACUUUUCAGAGGGAUUAUCAGUAGAGAGAAAGAGUGGAAGACCGAUCAAAUGGCGUCGAGUUCGGAUAUGGGAUCGGCUGAUUUCGAAUCACUGUCAUCUACCUCAGACGUCGAGCUCUUGAAGAGGGCGUGGCGUAACGAGAAGGCGGCGCCGGAGAUUCUUCCGUACGAAGGGGAUCUCGUCGAAAGAGCCAAAGGGCAGAUUGAAUUAGUGGAAGAGAAUAUUGAAGCUUAUGUGGAAAAUGGUAUCGACCCUUUGGUUGUGUCGCUUUAUCAGAUGGAUUUGGACAGAACCCAGUUUCUACUGAGAUCAUAUCUUAGGGUUAGGCUUCUCAAGAUAGAGAAGUUUAUGUUCCACAGCCUGAAGUCAGAGGAAGCUGAAAGUCGCCUUUCUGAGCAAGAGAAAGUGUUUGCUAGAAGGUGUGCUGAUGAUUUGGCAAAGCAUUUCGAAGAGAGCGUACUGCGUAAGUUGCCUGAGAACUAUCAGUCGGUUCUCAAGCAAUCUCUUAUAAGUGAAGUGGAUGAUAUGGUGCCGGAGCCGCAUUUGGACACCUUUGUUGCUUGUAGAAGCAAUAGCCAUUUCACUCUCAAUCUAUACGAAGAAGGAGAGAGCACCCAGACUGAGGAGAUGUACCGUGGUGAUCUCUACUUCAUACGUUACAAGAUUGUAAAAGGAGCAAUCGAAUCUGGGAAGAUGGACUUGAUCUGAGCUCAAAAGCUACAAGUUACAAUUCAUUUCCGCUCAGAACUCUUUCCAUAGUAUAAGCAUUAUUAGCUGGUGUUACCAUUGUUCUUGCUCUAUGAUCUUGAGUUGUAUAGUGAAUUUCCAUAUUGUUUUGAGUUUCCCAAAAUCCCAAAUGUCAGAGACUUAGGAUUCCUUGUGGCUUGUGUUGUUGUCCCUAGAUAGCUAGGUGGUGAUAAUCAUAACUAAACCACUUUUGGUCCCAAAGGUAAGGAUUCAGCCAUAAUUAACUAAGUUACCUAGCUCUA